GCCGCGCCGGAAGUCGUAGGGGAAGAGUGGGGCGGAGGCGCUGGUGGCGGGAAAGGCGAGCCAUGGCGGAGCGGAGGCCGCGCCGGUCGUGUUCGAGUUCGGAGGCGGAGGGCAGGAGCGAGCGAGGAGGAGGAGGAGGAGGCAGCGAUGACGGGGAGAAGGAGAAGGAGGGCCGCCCGGGCUCCUCAGGCUGGGCCGGCUUCGGGCGGGAGGAGGGCGACCAGACCACGCGGCGCCUCCUCCGCCACCAAUACCGGGAGCUGAUCUCCCUCGUGCAGCAUAACCGUGAUGCGAUGUUAAGCGCCGAAAAUGAGAAAUUGAUAGAAAUUGUGGAAGAUGGCAAUAAACUGUUUGGUGGAGUGUCCCAGGCAAGGGAGGCUGCUUUGGAUGCUCAGUUGCUAGUAUUGGCAUCAACUCUAGGAAUGGAAAAAGCAAACCAGUUGCAGUCAGAUUUGACAGAAUUUGAUCCAACUGCAUUUGCUGAAGAUUUAUUAUCAUUUAUGGGCAUAAAUCGCCUAGAGAGGGAAGAAAGUGAUAGUGAAGACGACCAGAGUUCUAGCGGAUUUUUACCUAAGAAUGCUUGGUAUAAACUUGGUGAGGAAGCAAAAAUGUACUUCAGAAGAGCACCGACUUUCCACUUCAUGUUAGGAUCUUUCACUGCUGAUCCUCCUGUUGAGAAACCACGAACUGAGAGACAACGGAAAAAGGCAGGGCCAGAAGAAGGGAGGGCAAUGCCUGCACAGUUGAAGAAAAUGGAAGAAUCUCAUCAAGAAGCAACAGAAAAAGAAGUAGAAAGGAUCUUGGCAUUUUUGCAGGCUUAUCACAGAGAAGAUCCUAAUACUCCAAUAUCCUUCCUUGAGUUUGUGACUGAUCCAAAUUCUUUUGCACGAACUGUGGAAAACAUGUUUCACGUGUCAUUUCUGAUACGGGAUGGAUUGGCAGGAAUAAAGCUGGAUCAGGACAAGCUUCCUAUAAUAGAACCUUUAAAUCCAGAUGGAGAGGAAAAUGACCAGGACACUCUACCAAGGAAACAAGCAGUCAUAUCAAUGAGCUAUGAAGAAUGGCAGAAUAUUGUGCGGACUUUUGAAAUUUCACAACCCAUGAUUCCACAUGUUACAGAAACAUAGAAAUGAUGUGAAGCCAUUCUGAAUGAAUCGCAAGGUUCUGUUAGAGGAUAUCUGCUGGCCAGUUUCCUGAUGCUGAAUUGCCAAGAAAAUGGCAGAAUGGAAAUUAGCUCAGCUUUCCUGUUUAAGAAUUUAAUAUUUGUUUUAAUAGAGAAAGGGUUUGGGGUUUCUUCCCCCAGUUAAUGAUGUUGUAAUAUAUAAAGUAUGUUUUUUUCUCUUACCACAAAGAUAUUUUCAUUUGAAAAUUUAUCCUUAUAUUUCUGUUCUGUCACUGUUCUUUCAAUCCAUUCAUUGCAUCAAAAGUUGAGGAUGACUCUGUCACAGUUUGUUUCCAUCUGUGCAGUAUUAAUGAUUUGAGGGAGGGAAGAACUUUGUGAAUCAAAUCUGAUUAGCAAUGAAGAUUUACCCUUUACACUCUGUGUGAAGUGGGGAAAGGAAAUGGAAAGUUUGGAAAUGGGGGCUUUUCGGAAAACCAUAAUUUGCCCAAUACCUGUUGAGCUGAGUAAGUGCUGUACUGUCUCCAUUAAACUGCCCCAAAGUGGUGUCUUUAUCUCAAGGUAGACAUGCGUAUGCAUUUGUGUACGUUAACUGGUCUACUUCUGAUGAAUGGAUGCCGUACCUGUGAAAAACAACUCUGUGAGAGAAAUAUUGUUCCUUUAGUAACAUUUCAACUAUUUCACGGUUUGGUUGUAGAAAGUAAGCGAGAUUCUGCUCUCACAGGUUCAGAAUUGAAGAGCACCUUAGUGAAUCCUGUGCACAUUAUGCUACUGCAAUACAAAUGUUUUCAGGGCACUGUUUGUUUUAAAGCCUUAUCUUUUCAAAGUUUUUUGAGUCACUCUUUUGAGUUAAUCCAAAUUUUGCAGUUUUGGUCUCAGAAAUAAUGCAUUUUUCAAUGUAUGUUGUGAAAAUAAAAGUAUUUUAUAUGUAAAA